AUGCGAGAGGUUGACAACCGUACAAAUGGAAUUUUCCUAUGCCAGCAGCCUCCUUUUUCCAAGUUUUACCUUUGUGCCAAAACAAGAACUCCAGAUUUAUAUGUGAUAAUGGAGAAACAGAGUAGUUUUCGGAAUCCUACAAUGGAAAAACAACAAAGUUUUCGCAACGGAGCAAUGGAGAAGCAGAAAAGCUUUAGGGGUUUAAUGGAAAAGCAAAAGAGUUUCAGGAUAGCAUUGGAGAGACAGAUAAGUUUUGGUGGAGAGAGGAAAAGGAGCAAGGAUUCGCCUGGGAAACGCGGGGAUUUACCACUUCAUCUGGCGGCCCGAGCUGGGAAUUUGGGGAAGGUGAAAGAAAUUUUUCAGAAGUUUGAGAAUAUCAAUAAUGGAAUUAAAGAUUUGCUGUCCAAUAAGAACCAAGAGGCCAAUAAUAGCUAUGAUCCGUUCCAUGUGGCUGCGAAGCAGGGUCAUAUUGAUGUGCUGAAGGAACUCUCGCGUUUCUUCCCUAACCUGGUCAUGACUACAGAUUCAUCAAAUUCGACUGCUUUACAUACUGCUGCUGCUCAGGGUCACAUCGAUGUAGUAAAUCUGCUUCUUGAUACUGAUUCCAACCUUGCAAAGAUUGCAAAAAAUAAUGGCAAGACUGUGCUUCAUACAGCAGCAAGAAUGGGCCACUUGGAAGCUGUUAAAUCCCUACUAAACAAGGAUCAUACUAUAGGCUCUUGGACUGAUAGAAAAGGUCAAACAGCACUGCAUAUGGCCGUGAAGGGACAAAAUGUGGAGAUCGUGACAGAGUUAAUAAAACCCGAUCCCUCUGUACUGGGAUUGGAAGAUAACAAGGGAAAUACUGCACUACAUAUAGCAACAAAAAAGGGCCGAACACAGAUGGUACAAUGUCUAUUAUCUGCUGAGGGUAUUGAUGUGAAUGCGACUAAUAGUGCUGGAGAGACGCCUCUUGACAUUGCUGAGAAGUUUGGAACUGCAGAAAUUGCAGCCAUUUUAAGGGAAGUUGGAGCUGUCCAUUCUAAAGAUCAUGGGAAACCCCAAAGUGCAGCAAAACAACUCAAACAGACUGUUAGUGAUAUAAAGCACGACGUCCAGUCCCAACUCCAACAGAGCCGUCAGACGGGCUUCCGGGUGCGGAAAAUUGCAAAAAAAGUGAAAAAGCUUCACAUUGAGGGCCUUAAUAAUGCAAUCAAUUCUGCUACUGUCGUUGCUGUCCUUAUUGCUACUGUCGCUUUUGCUGCAAUAUUCACUGUACCUGGCCAAUACGUGGAGAAGCAAACAGAAGGGUAUUCUUUGGGGCAAGCCCACAUUGCAAAAAGUGCAGCUUUCAUAAUCUUCUUUCUAUUUGAUAGCUUUGCUUUAUUCAUCUCACUAGCGGUUGUCGUAGUACAGACAUCAGUGGUUGUGAUAGAACAGAAGGCAAAGAAACAACUUAUGUUUGUGAUUAACAAGCUCAUGUGGUCUGCUUGCCUCUUCAUUUCGAUUGCUUUUAUUUCUCUCACCUAUAUCGUAGUGGGAUCUCAUGAAAGGUGGCUUGCCAUAUAUGCAACUGUAAUUGGAGGUACAAUAAUGCUGACUACAAUUGGCUCAAUGUGCUAUUGUGUAGUUCGGCAUAGAUUGGAAGAUUCAAGGAUGAGAAACAUAAGGAAAAACAGCACCCUCUCCCGUUCAUUUUCAAUGUCCAUGGCAUCAGAUCCAGAAAUGUACAGUGAACGAUAUAAGAGAAUAGUUGCUGAUGUUGGAUUAUAUUUGCCAUCCUCAACACUAGCCAGUAUAGGUACUUUGUAUAGGAUGGCGAUUUUGACUGUCCCCUCAGUUCAACAAGCAGAGAGAUUAUCAUAA